GCUGUGUAUUGUACUUUUUUCUUAGGAAUUCAACUACACAAAUAUUUGGACUUUGGACGUAUUUUAUUGCUUUUAUUGAUUCCAUCCUCCACAGUUUUAUGACUGAGAUUAAGAUGUUUUUCCCUUACAGUUGUACUUUAGCACAACAAGUUAUACUUAGAAGACCAUUUUCUCUGCCUAACUUUACUGGAAGGAUUACAUACCUGGAAACUAUUUCUCAAAGAAGAGGAAAAUUGUAUGUUAAUAUCUUGUGCGUGAAUUAUACAGAAAUCACACAGAUGUGGACCUGAAGUGUGCCCUUUUAUCGGCCACAAUUUGUACUUUAGCACAACAAGUUAUACUUAGAAGACCAUUUUCUCUGCCUAACUUUACUGGAAGGAUUACAUACCUGGAAACUAUUUCUCAAAGAAGAGGAAAAUUGUAUGUUAAUAUCUUGUGCGUGAAUUAUACAGAAAUCACACAGAUGUGGACCUGAAGUGUGCCCUUUUAUCGGCCACAAUCAACAAUGGCCUCAUCCACUCAUCGCCGCAGACGCAACAGCAUGAAUGAACCUCCAGAUAUAUCUGAUGUUAUUAGUCUCCAAGAGGAAUUCAUCGCACUUUAUGAGAGAGAUUACCAUGAACUCCAGGAAUGCAUACAGACACUGAGUCAUCUCAUUGAUACAUUUGAAAAAGAUUUCAGACGGUGUACUGAAGCCGUUAGAGCUGGAGAAAUAAUGGGAAUAGCAGGAGGGGUUAUUGGCAUUGCAGGAUUAGCUUUAGGUCCAUUGGCUGCUGUCGCAGGGGCAGCUGUGGCCUUAGGUGGUGGAGUUGGUAAUGGACUCUUAAACUUUAUGAAAAUGAACCAGCAGAAGAAAUUAAUGCAAAACGUCAAAAAUGGACUUAAAGAAUUUCAGAACAAAAUCAUCCCUAUGACUGACAUUCUAAAUGUCAUUUGUGAAUAUUAUAAUAAAACACUGAGACACCUUAAUAACCCAAUGGACGAUAUCUGGGGUUUUAUUAAAUGUGUUGCCAGUGCCAGUAAAGUAUUAUGCAUCUUACGGACAGAUGAGAUUCGUGAAGUGGCCGCACACAUGUCUAAAACUGUACGUCUGACUGCAACCUUUACAGAAGAUAACAAGAUACUCAAUGACAUGGACAAACUAGCAGGGAAUUGGCAAACAAGUGAAAGUGAGAUGAAGUCAAAAGCCAGGAAAUUCAUUGUUGAAAUGAGGAAAGUCCUUCAUCAGCAACAAAACAUCAUGGAUGAACUUAAGAAAACAAAAGACAAAACUGCAAGAACACUGGAUCUACUUAGGGCCCGAGCACCAGGACCCUGUUGUAAUUGCUUUUAUUAUCAUUACUAUAAUUAUUGUUUUUCUUUUUCUUCUUCUUCUCAAAAAUGGAUUUUGAGGGCCUACACAUGUUUGAAAACUCAUGAAACUUUGCACACAUGCCAAAAGUUUACUUUCAAUGAAGGACCCCUCCUGUCACAUUUCAUGUACUGUUACGUCUCAUAUAGUUCUGGAAGGGAUGUUCUCUAUUUUCUCUCUUGCUUCACUAAAGAUUUUUUCUUGGUUUCUCUUGUUAAGCUUAGAUUUUGUUUGGUGCUAGUUAGUGUGUUUAUGUUUUAUUGAUUUAUUUUCUUUAGCACCGCUCUUGUCCCUUACUUUGCCUUUAAUCCUUCAUGUUUGUAUAUAAUUUGUAAAUAGAAACUGGUUUUUGAAUGUAGUUUUUGGUUUACUGUUAUUGUAUUAUUAGGUGUU